UCCCCGCACAUGCGACCAGUCGUCGUCAAAGUGUACGACGGGUGCAGCCAUGUCCCGGAUCAGCCUAACAGCUCCGGGGGAAAGAUGAGCGAGCGGCGGGUCUGACAGGCCGCAGCAUCCUCCCGGUUUGCCCGCUCACUGCUCCACACACACACAACCACAAACACACACGCACACACGAUAGCUGCUGCACGGGGCCCACUAGCGGUCACUGUGUCCCGGGACAAAGCAAAACAAACAGCACACAUCAGAGAAGCGCGAUGACGCUGUUUACACUCUGUUUCUCAGGCUGAAGAUAUCAAAUAUAACAAAAAUCUACAAUAAAACAGAGCUAUUUGAUAUUUUCUACAAACUAAAAUAGUUCAAAUGUUGCUAAAUUGAGAAACAACAGGAAAACCAACACCAAGUGUGUUUGGUGCAGGUUUCAGUCAUGUUGUGGGGACCUGAAUUGUGACACAUUAUGUAAAUGAAUGUUAAUCAUUAUAUGACGAAGACAUGUUUUCAGAUUAGAUUAAGGUUGGGGUUAUGGUUUGGUAAAUAUAAGGUUAAAGUUAGAGCAAGUCUCCAGGAAAUCAAUUGAACUCAAUAUUGUGUGUGUGUGUGUGUGUGUGUGUGUGUGUGUGUGUGUGUGUGUGUGUGUGUGUGUGUGUGUGUGUGUGAGAGAAAUAUUGCUCCAAAUUCCAACGUUUGACCUAAAGGGAGAGAUCGUCCUUAAAUUGCCAAAUAUGUGAUGACCUCUUCAACAGAAGACACAAACAGAGGAGCACCGUGAUAGAGAUCUGUAAAUAUGUUUGUAACAUGAUCGUCCUUGUGCCUCCAUCUCCAUCUGUUUUCUUACUACCUGUGCAUCUUAUCCUCUGUAUUCCCUUCAUUACAUUAAUUAUUCGAUCUUAUUAACCACUGUUGUCUUUGCAUUGUGGUCUUUAAUAUGAUUCGUGUUUUUUUUUAAUUAUAUUUGUGCUCUGGCCUCUGAAUGUCAGGCCAAUAUUGAAGUUGGGAGAAAAAAUUUGCGAUAGAGAGAAACAGUGCCUCCUGUGGUUGAGACAUGAACCACCCACGCAUCACAACAGUCAACGGCCUCCUGUGUUUCCCAUGGCAAUGGGACUCAUAACAAACAGAGAGGCCUAAGCAGCUUCCUCUGAGCUGACAGACCCAGACUGUCUCACAGGGCUUCGACUUGAAGAUGAGUUCACCUCUGUCCACGCUGAAGAAAAGGAGACGCGCCCCCCUGCAGGGCGGCAGUGAGCAACGGGUUAAAGAUGAGUUCACCUCUGUCCACGCUGAAGAAAAUGAGACGCGCCCCCCUGCAGGGCGGCAGUGAACCACGGAGCAGAGGAAAACUGCCUUUCAGGAGGAAUCUGUUAAAAGAAAUUCAGUCAGAGCUGGUGGAUGAUGAUGAUGAUGAUUCAUCCAAUUCAAAUUCUCCCAAACCCUGUCACAAUCCAGCCAACACAAGACCAAAAGCCCCACUGAAGAAAGGUGCUCCACCGAGCGACCUUGAGCUCAUGUCUGCCAUGAUGCAGCGGGUGACCCUGCUGGAGAAACAAGUGAGGGGCCAAGCCCAGGAGCUGGAACACAAGGAUAAAAAGAUCUCAGUUUUGGAGGAGAAGCUGCGGGAUCAGAACGAAUCAGAACGAGGUCGUGAUCCUGGAGAGCGUGGCAGAGAUGAUCGUGAAAGAAGGUGCCAAGAACUGCAGAAUCAAGUGCAUGAAAUGGAGAGCUUUCUAAAAGACUAUGGUUUGACCUGGGUGGGGGACAGAGAGAGCAGUGAUUCAGCCGAGUGCACGCAGACGCACAGCCCAGGCACAUCUGGGGUCAGGGAUUUCCACAUGAACUUCAACCUGGUGCUGCAGAGGAUCAAGGAGCUGAACAUCCUCGCAGGGGAGGGGGAGUCUUAUGUGCGGUCGACAGCCACAGGGGCCCAGCUGGCACAAAAGGAUCCUGUCCACCUGAGGCUGUACAGCAACGGCAUUGUCAUGUUCGAUGGUCCUUUCCGCUCAUAUCGGGAUCAAAGCACCCAGCAGUGCAUGCAGGAUCUGAUGGACGGGUAUUUUCCAUCUGAGCUUCAGGACCGAUUUCCAGACGGCAUUCCCUUUAAGCUUCAUGACAGGCGAGAUGAGGAGUUUAUCUUCAGGUCACCGUGGGAUCGAUUCCCUGGCAGCGGACAGGCGGUUUGUGGGGAGAAAGAUGACGCUUCAAAAGUUGCCAGCUUUGAAACUCAAGGGAAGAAACUGACCACGGAUCAGUUCCUGAGCCGGAUGCCCAAGGUGGUGGUUAAGGCCGGUCGAGUGAUAGAUAUCAGGGAAUCACUGAGAGCGACCCUGCAGGGUUCAUCUGCUGCACAGAGCGACUCAGCGAUCCCCAUAGACACAGCAGCCCUGCAGGCGAUGGAACAGAGACUGCAGGCGUCCAGCUGUGAUCGGCCCUCGUCAGCCCAUGACAUCAUCACGCUCAAGGUGAAGGCCGAGGACGGGGAUCAAACCUACGUGUUGACGAUGGGCUUCUCGGAGACCAUCGGCCACCUGCGACAGUACCUGGACAAACACAGAGGUGGUGGGCUCCCUGGUUAUGACAUCAUCAGUGCGUACCCUCAGUGCUGCUAUGAGGACAACAGCAGGACGCUACACUCGUGCGGCCUCACAAAUAAUGCUACCCUGCUGCUGAGGAGGAGACCACACCCUCAACCACUGACUGCAGUCAAACAAAUCCACCAUUGAACUAUUGAGCCUGACUUGUUUUCUGUUUCAUAACAGGCGUGUGUUGUCAUAGGAACAGAACAGAUGUAAGAAAUAUUAUUGACGAUGGCUCUAUUCCAUUCAAGUGCUCAAGACCAGGGCCAUGAAACUGAAGCUGCUCCAUGGAACUGAGCCAUUAAUGAUCUUAUUAUUUACACAUGCUUCUCCUAUUGUGUCAAAAUGACUUCACUGAAGAGAUUUGGAUGCACUGAUCGUUUUUUUCUCUAAAUUUAUAUACCUCAACUUAGGAUAUUAUUGACACAAUUCUAUCUUACACCAAGGGAUACAAAUUAAAUCAAAUAAAUUUGAAAGAACAAGAAAAGUUGAAAGUCUUUAUUUCUAAAAUAUGCAAAUACAAACGAGGACCAAAGUAUGAAAAUAUAAACAUCUUUUUCCCUUUCGCAGAACAUUUGAGAUGUUAAGUUAAGGCAUGCGGAACCUGACUUUUCCAAAAAAGCAAUUUUGUGCUACUCGAGUUUCAAGGUCCCAUGAAAUGAAGAAAAAAAAAAUGGCUUGUGUGUCCCUGGGUGCGACUGUCUUUAAGUCAUUGUUGCAUAUGUUUCUACUAAAAUCCCUUUCUCUUCCUGUAAAGUGUCAAGUUAUUUUUAUUAAUGGCUUAUCUUGCAAGGAGGGUAAAUAUAAAAUCCCAGUGAGUGUGACGUGAUCAGAGAUCUAGGGUUGAUCCAGCCAACCCCUCACAGCCACAUCAUCACCACGUGGGAUUUAAACAAAGUCCCUCUGUCACCUAGAGACAGUGACCUAUCCUCA